GACACUCUACGUGAUCCCGCAAAGAUUUGUCCCGCCCACCGUCCUACCUAAUUGCGAAUGAUCACUGCAAUAAUCGAUCUCUUGAAACCGAGAUCGCGAAUUUUAUAGCUGUGUUACUCUCUUGACUCAAAACGCCAUUCGUGCCCGCGAUGCAUCGCUCGUUACGGGUGGGGCUGGGAAGUCGGCGUGGGCGCAGCUACCACCCACGUAGGGUGGACGGACCAAGAAUACAUUCUGCUGGGCGAGCAGAAGCGCGGGAAUCUGAACCCUGCGACCAAAUUGAGCCCAUGACAGCAACCUUGACAGUACGUGGCGAGACAUUUCCUUGUUCCUAAUCGCGCAGCGCUCCGCGGUGUGCCUUGCGAGACGCGACGCGUCGCUUUCUCUGCGUGAUACAAGCGCCGCCACUUGAAGCCCAUGGGAGCAGUCUAAGGGUACAAUGACAGGAACUCGUGGGUCACCGAGUGUCCGAGACUCGCUGAAGGACAUAAAUUUCGACCUCAGCCAGGGUCCAGCUCUGAUCUAUCUUACAAUCUGACCGCCAUGUUCUCUGCACUCGCGUCCAUGCCCUCCACCGACUCGGUGGCCCUUCCAAGGGCAUUCCCUCUCUUCUUCUGCGUGAAGAAGUCUUCCCCUUCGCGGAAAACGCCCAUUCCAUGCGUGAACUCGGACAGAUACUCAUACUCGAUGUCAUCCGACGCCCAUGGCCCAUGCUCGAGCCCAGUCGUCAUCCACUGUGAAGCUGUGCUGGCUGAUGGUCAAGCUCUGAGUUGUCAUAAUGUCCCCUUCGAUAUAUUGACGGCUGCGUGCCGCAUCGAUUCCCUUGCGCCCCAGAGCAGCGUUGUCACUGGUGUCUGCUUUGGCAAGGAGGAUCUGAAACAACCACCCUCUAUAGCAAAAUCCCAUCGCUUCCAAAACAUCUCUUCUCUUUUCGCCCGUCGCAAGACGCCGCUCGGGAACACCGAAACAGGUCGUUCCCUGCGGUCUCGUCCGAGUUUCUCCACUCGCCGUCGAGCAUAAUUGUCAAAGGACCUGUACCCGCUGCCCCAGCAGCAUUCACCAAGCCGAGUCAACGGACCUCGCUUUCGUGUCGAGCGUUACCAAGUCUGACGCUGUGUGCGCAGGGUGGUGAAUGUCAUAGCGAUUGGCAUGUUUAUGAUACCCGCAAUGAAUACUUUCACAUAUGAAAUCUCGAAUUCCAGCGAUAGCAAGGUGGUUGCCCCAAUAUUACAGUAACUGCAGCCUAGUACCC